AGCUGCAGCCGACUGCAAGCUGCUCAUUCAUUCAUCCUCCUAGCUUCUUCUUCUUCUUCUUUUUUUUUUAACUACACACCAGCCUGCACCAGUACCACCAGCAGAAAGUGUCCGUCAAAAAUGUGAAACAACCAGCAGGGAAUCAAGACAAUCCUCCUCAGCAAUAAAGGACCAUGUGGUGGGCCUGGCCGUUCCUGCCCGCUCUGGUGCUCCUCUCAGAGUUCUCGGUGGUGAGAGUCCAGACCGCGCCGUGCCAGACCUGCCGAAAACUCACAGAGAGUUUCAUUAAGGGCUUGGAGAGAACAGCCACCAAGAACUUUGGGGGAGGAAACACUGCCUGGGAAGAAGAGAAGCUGGCUAAGUAUGCAAGCAGUGAGACUCGGCUCCUGGAGAUAGUAGAAGCUGCUUGUGAGAAAGCAGAUUUUGAAUGUAACCAGCUGCUGGAGCAGAUAGAGGACCAAGUGGAGACAUGGUGGUUCCACAGGCAGCAGGAGGCCCCGGACCUGUUUGAGUGGCUGUGCAUAGAGCAGCUGAGAGUCUGCUGUCCGCCUGGGCGCUUUGGACCUGACUGCAAAGAGUGUCCCUCAAGCCCUGGUGGAGUAUGUGGAGGUCUGGGCCGCUGUGAGGGGGAGGGGACUCGCCUUGGAGACGGAGAAUGUGUCUGUGAUCCUGGAUACUCGGGCGGUCUGUGCCAGAGCUGUGCUGAUGGCUACUACAGAGAGAAAAGUUCCAACAACAGCAUGGGAGCCUGUGCAGCUUGCUACCACUCGUGUAAGAAAUGCGCGGGGCCGCAGGACUACAAAUGCCUCGACUGCAAACCCGGCUGGAUCCUUCAUGACAACAAGUGCGUGGACAUCGACGAGUGCGGUACAGAGCUGGCUCGUUGUCCUUCGAACACCUUCUGCCACAACACAGAAGGAUCAUAUGAAUGCAGAGGCUGUGACCAGGCGUGUGUGGGCUGCAUGGGCAGUGGUCCUGCCCGCUGUAAGAAAUGUUCACGUGGCUACAGAUUGAGAGGAGCGAAGUGUCUCGAUGUAGAUGAAUGUAGUGAUCGUGCAAUAGCAUGCCCAGGACUCAACGAGGCCUGUAUCAAUGAGGAGGGCUCCUUCCACUGUGACUGUGCUGAUGGAUAUAUCAGAAGAGAUAGCAUUUGUGUUGAGAAUAAGCCUCCUGCUGGUCCAGAGAAGGGUCUGUUUGACGACAUGACGGAUGACGAGGUCCUCGUUCUGCAGCAGAUGUUCUUUGGCAUCGUAAUCUGUGCCAUUGCUACGCUCGCCGCUAAGGGUGACAUGGUGUUCACGGCCAUUUUCAUCGGAGGCGUAGCUGCCAUGGCCGGAUACUGGCUGACAGAGAAGGGAGACUACAUGCUGGAUGGAUUUCUGAAGGGACGCUAGACUGUCUGGAGCCUCGGUUUGAGAAAAGGAAUACCAGACAAUAAAGGUGAAUAAGACUCAACAGGGGGCAGGAAACUAUCCCUGCAAUGCUAGCCAUUCAGGGAUCUAAUAAGGGAGUUACUUGAAAGGGCUUGGGUUAAAUUAUGUUUAUGAGUAGGAUAAUGCAAACGUGAGAACUUGAAGGCUAUGAAGCCGUGAAUCUUGAAGAGGAAUAAGAAGGAAACACUGCACUGACAUAAAGGAACUGAGCUGAAUCCCUUACCUCAACUUUGUUGGGAACAAGGGGGGGACAUGAAGACCACUACUGAUUGUUGAAAUCUAUUAUGCAUUUUGGAUGUCUCAUCUGGCCUCGCUGUUGAAAUGAUGUCGUUUUUCUUCCACACAAUCAAAACCUCCUGUCAUCACGUUCCAUCAUGUUUUUCAUUAUCUCAGUGCUGUGAGGCAGAGGGUUUCCCAUAGACUGAAUGGUACGCGAGGUUUAGCUGUGUCGGGGCACUGCAACUCCCAAGAUCCUUGCAGUGGGCGUGUGGUUAGACGAGGGAAUUCUUAGGAAUGUCCUCAAUCACCCCGUGAAGAAAGCUCAUUGAAACUCUGGGAUAUUUCCAUAACGAGCCACUUUUUAUUUAUGUUCACAGAAGUACUUUUUACCUCCUUACCUACUGAAUGAUUCUUUUUAGUAAUAAUGCAUGAUAAUAGGAUUUGAAAUUAAAAGGUAAUGCACCUUAUGUAUUAAUUUAUUGACUUACUUUGGCAUGGAAGACUGACUUUACCAGCUGUGUUGGAUAACCAACACUACUGCUGUGAGGGAAUGUGCUUAAAUACCAGCUCUUUCUGUUGCCUUUUUUAUUUAUUUAAAGCAAUAUUUAUUGGGAAGAUAUUUAUCAUAUUUUGCUCUUGACAUUUACCUUUGUGUGUAUUUUCAAUGUUUUUUUUUUUUUUUUUUUGUCAAUUCAAUUGUUGAUAUGGCAGAUAUCGUAGCGUCAUGUUAGAAAGCGACUGAAGCAUCACUUCAUACUC